AUGUCUCCUUCCACAGAUGCCCCCAAACAAUUUAGCCAACCUUCCCGUAAGGGUAAAAAGGCGUGGCGUAAGAAUGUGGAUGUGACGGAGGUCCAAGAAGGUCUCCGGUUGUUGAAAGAUGAGGAAAUCAAAGGCGGUGUCCUGGCAGAAAAGCCGUCCGAAGAGCUGUUCACCUUCGAUACCACUGGUUCAACAGAAAUUCGCAAAGCUGUCGAGAAACAGCACAAGCCGCUGAAAUCGGAAGAAAUCAUUGCCCGGCGGUCAGUUAUACCAGCGGUAGACACUCGCAAACGCAACAACUCCAAAGUGACAGAUGGUGUUCUCGAAUCGAAGACUAAGAAACAUAAGAGCGACUGGGUUACCCGCAAGGAUUGGCUGCGCUUAAAACAAGUCGCUAAAGAGGGCAAGCCCAUCAAAAAGGACGUGGGGGGUGAAUUCUAUGAUCCCUGGGCUGAUGCUGAAGAUCCAACACCUGUGGAGGAUCCGCAGUUUGAUUUCCUGGAGAAACCGAAGCCGAAGGUUGCGCCUGUGACACUAAAGGAAGCUCCGAUCUCACUUGCGGCAAAUGGAAAAGCGAUUCCUGCUGUCCGCAAGCCGAACGCUGGCACAAGUUACAAUCCAACCUUUGAGGAGUGGGAUAGUCUUCUACAGGAACAAGGAGCCAAGGAGGUAGAGGCAGAGAAAAAGCGCCUGGAGGAGGAACGUAAAGAAGAAGAAAGACAGCGUCUGAUUGCCGAGGCCAAGGAUGACGACGGCGAGGUGAAGUCGGACGAUGAAAGUGCCUGGGAAGGUUUUGAAAGCGAGUACGAGACCCCGGAUUGGCUGAAGAAGAAACGUCCAGAGAGAAAGACGAAAGCGCAAAGGAAUAAGAUCAAGCGACGUAAGGAGGCUGAGAGGCAAGCAAAAUGGGAGGAACAGAUGAAGAAAAAGGAAGAGCAAGUUGAGCAGGCAAAAUCUAUCGCCGAGAAAAUGAAACAGCAAGAGCUUGAGCGCGUCGAGUCUUCCGACUCUGAGGGAGAAGGUGAUGAUACUGUUUUGCGGCGAAAGCCCUUGGGUGGAAGGACAUAUGCCCCCGAGCAAAAACUGGAGGUUGUCCUACCAGAUGAACUGCAGGACUCACUACGCCUGCUGAAGCCAGAGGGUAAUUUGCUCGAUGACCGAUUCCGGACAUUAAUCGUUCAAGGAAAGUUGGAAUCUCGAAGGCCGGUUUCACAACCCAAGAAGGCAAAGAGAAAGUUGACGGAGAAAUGGGGUCACAAGGAUUUCAAGGUUCCGGGCUUGUAA